AUGUCCAAAAGAAAUUUCAAGCGAUGUCUUGAAGCUGAUAAGAAAACAGCUAACUUAAAUUUUAAUAAUAAAUCAAAUCUUCUGAACCAAACUACUAACUGUGAGUAUUUUGAUGUGUCACAAGAUCAGUAUUCUACAAAUGUGUGUAACCCAUUAACUGCUCAAACUACUCAAACUACAAUGUAUCCUAGUUUACAAGACAAUUUGAAUCAAUCCAAUGAAUUCACUGCAGUAUGCUUUACCAAUUCUCCAAUUGAACCUAUUAGUUCUGAAAAUAUUACUCUUAAGGAUAAAUUGCGGCAAUUAAUUUGUGACUAUCAUAUUUCACAUAACUGUGUAAAUAAACUUUUGGAAAUUCUUAGAUCUGAAGGACUUGAUUUGCCAAAAGAUGUAAGAACUCUAUUUCAAACCCCAAAAAAUCACUCAAUAAUAAAUGUUCAUACAGGUACAUAUAUUCAUAUUGGUAUAGAGUUUAUGAUUACACCUAUUUUACUUGCACAUGUCGAACAACUUAAAAAUACUACAGACAUACACAAUUGGGAGUAA